UCCGACUUAAUAGAAGUCUGACUGUUGAUCGUGUUGUAUCGGUAACAAUGUGGUCGGUAAUUUUACUGUCAAUUUUGGCAUCAGCCCAAGGUCAAACCCCGACGGAGGAUGUUCCUCCUACAGUGACUAUAGCGCAAGGGUCCGUUGUAGGUACUGCUGUGACUAGCUCCGGAUUUACACACUAUGAAUUCCACGGGAUACCGUAUGCUGACUCUACUUCUGGAUCUCACAGGUUCAAGGCGCCACGACCAGCACCCACAUUCACACAGACUUUUGUUGCUGAUCGCAAAGGAAUCAAAUGUGUGAAAGCUAUAAAGGGGGGAUACGAGGGCACCGAAGAUUGCUUGGUGGCCAACGUCUACACACCGGCCAUUGAUCCAGAAAAGAAAUACCCAGUAAUGGUUUGGAUUAAAGGGUCCGAGUUUGAGAAAACUAAGGGACCUGAACUAUCUUUUAGAAAUCUUAUUGAAAAGGAAGUAAUAGUCGUGUCUCUAAACUUCAGAGAGUCGAUUCUCGGGUAUCUUUGUCUUGGAACAGAAACUGCGCCUGGUAACGCUGGAUUGAAAGAUAUAAUUGCUGGACUUCAAUGGGUGAAAGAUAACAUUGAACAGUUUGGUGGAGACCCUGAGAGUAUAACCCUAUUUGGGCAUGGUUCUGGAGCUGCGGCGGUAGAUUUAGUCACUCUCUCUCCAAUGUCUAAGGGCUUGGUGCAUAGAGCUAUAGCUCAGAGUGGAAGCUCAAUUUCCCCUUGGUCAGUCACACGGGAUCCGACACAAUAUGCCAUACUAGUAGCAGAACAACUUGGGCAUGAAAUUACUGAGGAAUUAGAUAUUGAAAAGCUUUCGGAAGUUUUUACUAGAACAAGUGUUGCCGCUCUAAUGGCAGUUAUAGAUGAGUUGGAUUUAACUGAUAACUCAUUGGCUUUUGCACCGUGUAUCGAAAAUGAGCAUUUAGAUGAUGAAAAGUUUCUAGAAAAAUCACCUUUUAGUACGCUAACUGAAGGAACUUACACUAAAAUACCUAUGAUCUUCGGAUUUGUUGAAAACGAAGGAACAAUACGUUUUGAUGAGGCACUAGAAGCUGAUUGGCUAACAAAGAUGGAUCAAUCGUUUUCAGACUUUAUUCAGCCUGAUUUGGAGUUUGAAACAACUGAAGAAAGGGAAUCAAUAGCCAAAGAAAUACGUUCAAGGUAUUUUAAUAGUAAUCCGAUUAACAUGGAAAACAUUGAAAGUUAUAUUGAUUAUCAUGGUGAUACCAUGGUUUUAAUAUCAGUUAUAAGGGAAGCUCGCCUUAGGGCAGGAUCUUCUGGAGAACCAACCUAUUUAUAUGAGUUUUCUUAUCAAGGGGCUGUUGGUGACGCUUUUGUUGGAAGUCUCCCGGCGAGUGUGGUCGGGGCAGCUCAUGGACAAGAGUUGGCUUAUUUAUUUGACAUUGAUACUGCAGCUACAGUGGAGACGAACGCUGGUGAUGAAUUUGUCCAAAAAGUUCUCGUUGAGAGGUGGACAAACUUUGCCAAGACUGGCCGACCUACCAGUGAGUCGUCAGCAUCAUUCUGGCCAGUCGUGAACUCUGGGAACACCAAUGUGCUCCUCAUUCGUAAUGAACCUAACUCCAUCAACCAGGCUACUGACGUGCCUAUAACUGACCCACACAGAGAAGACGUCGACUUCUGGAAUCAGAUAUAUGAGGAGCACUUCCUAGAUGCUGAGGGUCAUUGGACUGCUGAAGAGAAAGAAGAAGAGGAAGAAGAAGAAGUUGACACUACUGAGGAUCCGUUGAUGACCACGGAGACACCAGAAACCGAGCCAGAUGUACCAGAUUCUGCGUCUGCGGCCGUUGGUUACACAUUUUUAAUCCUAGCAUUCUUUGCCGUAGUAGAUAAGUUCCAUUCUGCUCAAAUUUUGGCGUAAGUAUGUUUGAAAUAGUUAGUAGUUGUAUUAGUAUUUAGAUUGUAUAGUACUUAAAAUAUUAAAAUUACUUGAGUCUUAGUUGAAUUUUGUGAAAAAUUCAUUCUAAAGAUGUGAAUAAAUAUUAUCUGAAGAAUAGAUACGUAAGUUAUGUGAAUAAGUAUUCGUGGAAAGAUUGAUAAUACUUUAUCUUUAAUACCUUGUUUUUCGUUUAAAUCUUCUAUCAAUGUGUACAAUCGAAUGUUUCUUUUUGAGACGUCCAAAAAGAAAUAAUUUAUCUGUUUGAACCACUUACUUUUAAGAUAAAAACUGUUAUGUUGAAAAAUAAAGUCAAAUUGAAUGUU